UUCAUGGCAGGCUUUUCAGGGAGCUUGAGUCUGGGGCCUCUGAGCCUCCACAGCAUCCCCCAAUCCCUGUACAGCAUCUUCUUAAUAGUGAUGGUCAUGAUGAGCUUGGUGUUUGGUAAGCUCGUUCCUGACAAUCCGGGACCCCCUCAACCACCUCAUCUCCCCAAAUACCUGCGUUGCUAUAGAUGUCUCUUUGAAACCAAGGAGUUGGGGUGCCUUCUGGGAUCAGACAUCUGCCUCACUCCAGUUGGCAGCAGCUGCUUCACUCUGCAUAUAAAGAACAGCAGUGGUUCUGACAUCUUGGUGAAUGACUGCCGCAGCCAGGAGCAGAUGAGUGAUUGCUCAUAUACUCAUUCUUCUCCUGUGUCUGGCUUCUGGAUAUACUCUCAAUGCUGCUUCCUGGACUUCUGCAACGACCCUAAAAAUAAAGUACUCUAA